AGCUUUAUGUAUCGUGGUUGGGUUGCUUCCUAUUCCCUCCUUUGAAUAAAAAUAGGGGAGAUCUCACAGAGAGAAUGACUUCUCCACCUUUUAGAAAAGUUCUGCUCAGUGGAUUCCUAUGAAACUUCAUGGAGAAAAGAGGAGGGAGGGAGAAGAAGGAGGAGGGAAAGGAGGAGGAAAAAAAGAGGGAGGGAUCAAGUAGAAAACAGGGAAGACAACUUGGGCAAACAGUAGCUUGAGUGUUUCCCAGGCCAAGAUGCUGAGAGGGAUUGUCCCUAGGGGUGGUCCAAGACACUCAGCAUCUAGACUUGGCUUCCAGCUCCCCAAAUCUUGCAAUGUUUCCUGUUUUGGGCUCUUGUUCUUCCUAAUGCAGGCUGCCUUUCUUCAGGGACAUCCACAGUGCCUGGAUUAUGGGCCCCCCUUCAAGCCCCCCGUGCACCUAGAAUUCUGCUCUGACUAUGAAACUUUUGGCUGCUGUGAUCAGAGCAAGGACCGCCGCAUUGCUGCCCGUUACUGGGACAUCAUGGAAUACUUAGACCUGAGAGGCCCUGAGCUGUGUGGUGGUUAUAUCAAGGACAUCCUGUGCCAGGAGUGCUCACCCUAUGCAGCUCACCUCUAUGAUGCUGAGAACUCUCAGACUCCCCUCCGGAAUCUCCCCGGCCUUUGCUCUGACUACUGCUCAGCGUUCCAUUCCAAUUGCCACUCUGCCAUCUCUCUGCUGACCAAUGACCGCCACAUCUGGGCAUCCCAAGAGAAAAAUGGAGCCCACUUUUGCCACCUCCUCAAUCUCCCAGACCAGGACUACUGUUUCCCCAAUGUGCUAAGGAAUGACCACCUCAAUCGCAACCUUGGAGCUGUGGUGGAGGACCGUAAGGGCUGUCUGCAACUCUGCUUGACCGAGGUGGCCAACGGCCUGAGGAACCCCGUCUCCAUGGUCCAUGCUGGGGAUGGAACCCAUCGCCUCUUUGUGGCAGAGCAGAUUGGAGUGGUGUGGGUCUAUUUGCCCGAUGGAAGUCGCUUAGAGGAUCCUUUUCUAGACCUCAAAAACUUGGUGCUGACCACCCCAUGGAUAGGUGAUGAGAGAGGCUUCUUAGGUUUGGCUUUCCACCCUAAAUUUCGGCGCAAUCUCAAGUUCUAUAUAUACUACUCAUGCCUGGGGAAAAAGAAGGUAGAAAAAAUUCGUAUCAGUGAGAUGAAGGUUUCUCGGGCUGAUAUCAAUAAGGCGGAUAUAAACUCAGAAAGGAUCAUCCUGGAAUUAGAAGAGCCAGCUUCCAAUCAUAACGGGGGGCAACUCCUCUUUGGCCUUGAUGGUUACCUGUAUAUAUUCACUGGGGAUGGUGGACAAGCUGGAGACCCCUUUGGCAAGUUUGGAAAUGCUCAGAACAAGAGUUCUCUGCUGGGAAAAGUGUUGAGAAUAGAUGUAAACCGGCCAGUCUCAGAUAAGAAGCUUUAUCGCAUCCCUCCAGAUAACCCCUUUGUCUCUGAGCCUGGGGCUCACCCGGCUAUCUAUGCCUACGGGGUCAGGAACAUGUGGCGCUGUGCCGUGGAUCGGGGUGACCCCGGCACCCAGAAGGGCCGCGGCCGGAUAUUCUGUGGCGAUGUUGGCCAGAACAGAUUUGAAGAGGUGGACCUCAUUGUGAAAGGAGGGAACUACGGCUGGAGAGCCAAGGAGGGCUUUGAAUGCUAUGACAUUAAACUCUGUCAUAACACCUCUUUAAACGACAUCCUGCCGAUCUAUGCUUAUGGCCAUUUGGUGGGAAAGUCAGUCACCGGAGGAUAUGUCUACCGGGGGUGUGAAUCCCCAAAUCUAAAUGGCCUCUACAUCUUCGGGGACUUUAUGAGUGGUCGACUUAUGGCUUUGCAGGAAGAUGAGAGAACAAAUACAUGGAAAAAACAAGACAUCUGCAUUGGGAACACUAAGACCUGUGCCUUUCCAGGAUUGAUCAGCACCUACAGCAAGUUCAUCAUUUCCUUUGCUGAAGAUGAAGCAGGAGAGCUGUAUUUUCUGGCCACCUCUUAUCCAAGUUCCUAUGCCCCACAUGGAUCCAUCUAUAAAUUUGUUGACCCUUCAAGGCGAGCUCCCCCAGGCAAAUGCAAAUACAAACCAGCACGUGUCAAAACCCAGAGCAAGCUGAUUCCCUUCAGACCACUUGCCAAGACUGUCCUGGAGCUGCUAAAAGAAAAAGCAGAAAGAGCUGCCAGAAAAUUGUCCAAAGCAAAAUCAGCUUCUAGUACUCCAAAUAGGGGCUCUUCUCAGAAAGCUUCCUCUAAGAAGCCAGUUUCCUCUAAAGAUACCCAGAAAUUGGGUGCCAAGCAUAGGCACAAGUCUACAUCCAGGAAGAAGCUUCAGACAUUUGGCAAACGCCAAACAAGUGCCAGAAGACUGCCCACUAAGUUUCAGGAAAAGAGAAUUAGGGCCUAAGAAUCAGCAGCACCAGAAUCAAGGGCAGCAACAUUGAGGCAGGAUUGUUAGGAGUCUUCCUUCUGCCUCUUUUUGUCCUGAUGGCCAGCAGAAGGAUGGGGACCCAUUUCAGAGGCUCUGAUUCAGUCCCAGCCCCAGCUUAAGAAGUUAUGAUGUGAAUAAUUAUUGGAGAGCUAGGACUGACAUUGAAAUCAGUGAGUGUCUUUAUUCACCAAUGAAUCCAUGGGUGUUAAUUUUGCUACUAACAGACAACAACGGCAAUCCAUGGUAUGCUUUUUUGGAACCCCAAAACUCCCAUGACAACUUCAAACUAAUAGAAGCCCCUUGAGGUUAGGGGCUUUUCUUUCUUUUUUUCUUUCUUUCUUUCUUUCUUUUUUUGUCUUUAUAUAGUUAGCACAUAAAGGACAUGCAAAAAAUGUUUUUUGAAUUAUUUGAAUCAAAAUGUCUAGGCAAGUAUUGAGGAAAUUUAAAUUCGUUGAGGAUAAGAUUCCUUUAAUUUUUGCCUCUGUAUCUUUAGUACCUUGCACAGGGCCUGGCAUAUAACCAGGUGUUUGAUAAAUGUUUGUUGAUUUUAAUUGGUGAAUAAAGCAGCAUUUCCUCAAACUGACAGAUCUUCUGCCUUUUUCUCUUCAAUGGUUAGCUAAAAAUCUAAAAUUCCUUAUGAAAUCCUUCUAAUAUUUCUUCUUUAAGUUCAGUUGUAGAAAUUUGGAUUCUGACACAAUAGGAAUCUUAUGCCUGAAAGCAUGGUAGGAUGGAAAAAUCCCUGGAAAUGCUGGUGUUCUGAACCCUUUAGUGAAAAGAGGUUUCGUAAAUGUAUGUUAUAGGACAAUUCAGUCAAGAUUACUCUGGAUAUAGGUAUAUGAACUGAGAAUUAACUUUAAUUUUUCAAAAGUAAAGGAAUGGUCUCAAUAAAAAGCAGGGCAUCAU